AUGGCACGUGACGUCAUAACCCGGCGACGAUCACCGAUCCAAUCUUGCAGCCGGAUCCCAUCUGGUAUCGACACCGCCACACUUCAGUCACCUCUUUUCCCGUCCGGAAGUAGUACGUUGUGUUCAACAGGUUCAUUACGAUCUUUGGCCACACUGGCGGUCCCCUGCUACGAUGGAAUUUAUCUCCCAAAGGAAGAAAAUGAGUUUGUGCACCAGGUCUUGGAUGAGCUGGAAGCAUACCAGAAGAGUAGCCCCAAAAUUGUGCUUUUGUUCCCACCACUUCCCAGCAGACUACGAUACCUGAUCCACAAGACCGUCGAGGAACUGACAGAGCUCACCACCUUCUCUGUGGGGGAGAGCUGGUGUCGUCAGGUGGUGGUUUGCCCCUCGGAGAUCAGAAGCAAGGCACAAGAAGAAGACGACAGUGAUGCAGAGACCAACUCCAUCCUGGAUGAAGAGAAUCCUGAAUCUUCAAAUCGAAUCAGAGCACCCAGGAGGCCAGACAAGGCGCUCUACACCCCGAGAGCUGCUCGGCAGAGUCUCCAGAGCCAAAACUCUCAUGCUGUCCAGGAGUCAACAACGUCCGCCUCCAUCAAAGUUCUAUCGAACCUGGGUUCCUCUUCUGAGGGAAAGUCGUCACUUCUAUUAAAAGAUGAGUCCCUUCCCUUUGUGGCAGAUGUUGCCCUCACGGACAACACAUUACUAGAAGGGAAAGCUCACUCAACAUUGAGUAAUUAUAAGGACGACAUCACGGUAUCCUGUCUGAGUGAAAUGAGCCUGGAGGAUGACGCCUAUGAGAAUGAAGAUGUCGCAUGCCACCUGACUGAAGAGAUCAAGGCAAACUUGAAAGAAGCUGUGACUUUCACCGUGCAGCACGUUCAGAAUGACUACUCCACCCUUGAGAAUGUGCUCCUCAACGCUGAUGACUUUGGUCACGUUAUCGAGAUCUAUGACUUCCCUGCAAUGUUCAAGACAGAUGAUCUCUUGGACGCCUUCACUGAGUACAGUGACGGUGGAAUGAAGAUCACAUGGGUGGACAACACGCACGCCUUGGGUGUUUUUGCCACUCAAACAGCAGCACUGCAUGCACUUUCCAUCUGCCACCCUCUGCUGAAGGCCCGGACACUGGCUGAAGGCAGUAAAAAGGCCAAAGGCAAGGCUGUUAGCCGAGCAGAGUCAAUCCAGCCGGUGAAGGAGCGCCCGAGGACAGACAGUGCCGUUGCUAGGCGAAUGGUGGCUCGAGCCCUGGGCCUGAAAGGACGAGGACGAGGGCAUCGUGUCUGACCUAAAGUGAUGGCAAAUACAGGUGAACAAACCACCAAAAGCCAGAAAAGUCACGUGACAAAAGAAAUUUAUAAUUUAACUGUUUAACAAAUUAGAAAAACGUAUUUGAAUCCUUUUUUAUUUAAAAAAAUAAAUAAAUGAAUAAAACACUGUUCACACGAGAGUAGAACCUCGAUGAAUGAACUAAUAGGGGCGAGGGGGCGAGGGGUUGUCCGCUAAAGCCGAUUGUCCUUUAAAUUGAAGCACUUGAAGGCCUAAAAACACCAAUAACAGUAUGAAAAUUAUUUUUUUGAAAAUAAUUUUGUGGCCUGAAAACACCCAGUACAGUACAAAAUUAUUGUAAGUAAAUAUAAAAAAAGUUUUAAAAUGUUUGAAAAGUUUUAGUUUAUCCAAACUUACCUCACUGGUGAAUGUGAGGGGUGAUUUUGCGUUCCAACUGGACACUAAUUUAUGUCCGUUAAAUCCUAAAUCCGUUCAAUAUGGGUCUGUGAAAUCGAGGCCAGGUGCUGCUCCAGGGUUUUUUUCCUGUCCUGUGGCGAAGGCGGGGUUUGACCGAUACAAGGGGGUGCUGAGAAAAUCAUAGAAUUUCAUGACCUCAGUUACUUUCUCGUUUCCCCCAAUAAAAACAUCUAUUAUACACAAAAAGAGCAUGUUCAAUGUAAAAGUAGUUUUAACUUAAUUUGGCCAAUGAAUAUUCAACAAAACGGUUAAGUCUAAUACAAGUGACCACAAGGGAAUGGCAAAAAUGUUUCACAUACAAAGGUGAGAGCACCCAUGCGUCUUACCAAAAAAACAGACAAUAUGUCUAAAAUGGGACACGUGUUUAUUCCAUAUGCAUAGUUAUUGUAAACAACUAUGCAUUGGCAAUAUUGGUUUGGAUUCGAUAAUACCUCCUGCGUAUGUGCGUCACGACUAUUAGAGGCUCACAAAGAAGCGCAAGCAAGCGGGAGGAAUGGAGAGAAAAACAAAGCUGAAAAAUAAAAUAAACAACAAUGUCCACUAUUAAAGUAAUUGUCGACGAUUCUGAUCGUCAACGUCGUCGUGAUUCGUCGACUAAUCGUAGCAGCCCUAUUAGAAUCACAACAUAUUAACGUUGGCAAUUAAUAAUAAUGAAAUUAAUAAUAUAGGCUACAAAGUGCAGCCGCAUUGCCGCAACAAGAAGUGCGAACAGCUUGUGUCUAAUGAUUUGGAUCACAGCAUAACUCCAGAAAUUACAUUAAUAGUUACACAUAGGCUGUAUACUAAUGAUUCAGAUCACAUCAUCAUUGGGUCAAAAAUUACAUUAAUAAUAUACAAAUCCGCAGUGAGAAAUACAUACACGCUGUUCCAACUGGGCACUGAAAAAGCGUAAAAGGAACUGGCUCCUCACAAUCUUGGUUAUUGUAUUUCUACUGCUAACAAAAAUACAUUGUACGAGCAGCAAGUUAGCAACACUUCCAUUAGACACACUGGCACCUUCAUUAAUAUUUUUUUUCCUGAAUUUGUAUUGUCAAUAAAACUGCAAUCUGUCCAGAUUGUUCUUCUCUUCCUGCUGCUGUCACUCAUUUCCUUAUCAGCGCGUCCGUCUCAUGUUUUAACCCUCCCU